AUGACCACCGAAAAUGAUGGCUGUUACCUUUUGCUCUUUCCGAGCACAUCACAGGCGAUGUACGAGGAUGAGAUGCGUGCUGUUUCCGUGGCGACACCGCUGCCCGAUCUUCUUCCGAGGAGUUUUGACGAGAUUGAAAGCAUGCGGAAGAUGCGAAAGGAUGCAGAGAGCGGGAAAAAGUACGUGCCUCCACGACAUGACCUGCCGCCACCGUACGUCAACGAUGACGAGUGUGACGAGUUUGAGGAUGCGACAAUUGACAAUUCCCUGGAGAAUCUGUCGUCAAUGACGCCCAGCCGAAAGUACCAAUUAAGUGGCCCGAGCGUGGAAGGAGAGGUGUCGUCUGUGUUUGAAAAUGGAAUGCUCUACAAGGUCAUUGUGGAGGACGGCUCAUGGUACCUUUAUAACGACACCGAGAAGUAUGAAAUGCAUGUGCGUUUCCGCUUUGGCUCCAGGUCAGAGUUGCAACCAGGUGAGCGUGUGGAAAUGUUUGUGAAGAGCAACAAGGAACUGGAGGCAUUCCUUAUUGUUUACCCACAUGAGACUAUGAAGCUUAUUUCAGGCAAAGUGAACGGGUUUAAAUGCAUGGCGAAGGCUGUGCCGCUAAGUGAUGAAAAGCGGACGGAGCUCUUCUCUUCCAUAAACAACGAGGCUUUGAAUGAAUUGUUUCUUAUUGCAAAGGAACUGGACGUCGACGGUGUGCAAGCACUUGAAGAAGGACAAGUUCUCCAUUACUGUGUUGAGAAUGAGGUGCCAUAUAUUGACUGCAGUUUUC